AUGUGUGCCGACCGGAUUUUCUUCCUAGCACUGGAUGAAACCAAAAUAAUGAACACCAACGACAAGUAUCAGAGUCUGGUAGGCGCUUUGCUCUUCGUCGCCGUAUGCACUCGGCCGGAUCUGGCUAUUACAGCGUCCAUCCUAGGUCGUAAAGUUAGUAAGCCUACAGAGAGCGAUUGGACAGAAGCAAAAAGGGCAUUGCGUUAUUUGAAAGAAACUUCGAAACUAAAACUAAAGCUAGGUGGUUGUGGUGACAUCAAAGGAUACGCGGAUGCAGAUUGGGCCGGUGAUCGUUCAGACAGGAAGUCUAACUCGGGAUUUUUGUUUAUGCUUGGCAACGGUACGAUUAGCUGGACAGCACGGAAACAAGAGUGCGUAACAUUAUCGUCCACCGAGGCGGAAUACGUUGCACUGGCAGAAGCGAGCAAGGAGUUAAUCUGGAUUUUUAAACUGAUGCGAGAACUUGGCGAAGACAUCCAGCAACCAGCGAUCAUCCACGAAGAUAACCAGAGCUGUAUAAGUAUGCUAAGCACUGAAGGCGACAAUAGACGAACAAAGCAUAUUGACACGAAGUACAAUUUUGUUCGAGAUUUGGUAAAAACUGGAGUCUUGAAGGUCAAGUAUUGUCCGACGGAGGAAAUGUUGGCAGACAUGCUGACAAAACCCCUUGGCCGUGUCAAGCUACACAAGAUGAGAGAACAGAUUGGCCUGCACUAG